AUAAGUCUUGAACCUGCUGACGGCAGACCGGAGGAAGAGGAAGAGAGUAACCUACGGGGUGAACUGGGAGGUGGUGUCCAUCUUAUUUACACCCGUGAGAUUGCUAAAUUGUUGAUCUGUUGAUUUCUUCGGGAUUGUUAAAGCUGAAAGCCGGGUCUUCAGAGAUGAGCAGUUCAGAAGAGGUUUCAUGGAUCUCCUGGUUCUGUGGGCUGCGGGGGAAUGAGUUUUUCUGUGAGGUGGAUGAAGACUACAUCCAGGACAAAUUCAACCUAACUGGGCUCAAUGAGCAGGUUCCACACUACCGCCAGGCUCUAGACAUGAUCCUGGACCUUGAACCAGAUGAGGAGCUUGAGGACAAUCCCAACCAGAGCGACCUGAUUGAGCAGGCUGCAGAGAUGCUGUACGGCCUGAUCCAUGCACGCUACAUCCUCACUAACCGAGGCAUUGCACAGAUGCUGGAGAAGUAUCAGCAGGGAGACUUUGGCUACUGCCCCCGCGUCUAUUGUGAGAAUCAGCCUAUGCUUCCUAUUGGCCUGUCAGACAUCCCAGGAGAGGCCAUGGUGAAGCUGUACUGCCCCAAAUGUAUGGAUGUCUACACACCCAAGUCCUCCAGGCAUCACCACACAGAUGGAGCUUAUUUUGGCACCGGGUUCCCCCACAUGCUGUUCAUGGUUCAUCCCGAGUACAGGCCCAAGAGGCCCGCCAACCAGUUUGUUCCAAGGCUUUAUGGGUUCAAGAUCCACCCGAUGGCCUACCAGCUGCAGCUGCAAGCCGCCUCAAGCUUCAAGAGCCCCGUCAAGGCAAUCCGCUAGAGUGUCCAGGACUGAGGGAGGAGAGAGAGAAGCCAGAGAGGAAAGAGUUAUUAUAGGAUGGAGAGGGGUCACCUGCAUUUUUCGAAGCUCUUCAUGUGCCCCCUCCUCACCCUGAAGAAGACUGUAUUAUUUUGGUUUAGAUUAGGGCAAAUGAAAAGAUCUUUUCUUUUUUUUCUUUUUUUUUUCUUUGAGUGUGAGCGAGAGAAAAAACGCACAGCCAUGAUCUUAAAGACAAACACACACAUUUGGUUUUCCAGACGUUCCUUACCAAAUUCCUCCGUGCCAAAAACAGAAGGCGAGCUAAGAGGAAGCCGAACAUGGUGGGAAGGGGGCGGGGGCGCUCUCAGAGGAGGAGUUAUGUCGUUGGUGGGUGACACCAGAGUACGAUCAGUGUCUUUGUGUUCUGUAUUUGGCACAGUUUGGUAAAGGUGGUGGUAAAACCUUCCGUCAUUCGAUGCCUCGUCUCCACCGUUAGUCCCACCUAACCCCGAUGGAGGCUGGCACUCGCAGAGACAGUUUUAUUUCCCCCUCCCUUUUUUGAUUUGUAAAAUUUGGCCCAUCGUCGUUAAAUUUGCCUUAAAGUACAGAGAAACACCCGAGCUGUUUCUGUCCUUUCGAGUGUCUGAUUUUUCUCUUCCCUUCCAUGGUUAGAGGAGAUUAAAUAGAAAUAGGUCAAAUAAGAGAAUUUAUGAAUCGUCAGAUAAUUGUAACAAGUCGGUGUCUUUUCUCCAGCUGUCUGUGCGUGUGUCAAACAACAACACCCUCCUCCACCCAUCGCGUCCUGCAGAAGCAGGUUUGUACUGUCACCCACCCACCCACCCCUCGCUCCUGUGUAGCUUCAUCUCUGAUACAGAAACAGCCGAAUAUUCUGGAAAGUGUGGAAAUUUACUUUCUGGCAGUGAGUAGAUGAGAAGAUCGAUAUCGCUCAUGCUUUUAUGGUAAAUAUGAAGCAAAUACUGGCAGACAGUUAGCUUAAACUCUCAAUGCGGAAGCAGGUGUCCUGGCUCUGUUCUAGUGGUUACAGAUCAGCAUCAAAACCGAAUCCGCUCAGAUGAUAUAAAUCCUCAUUAAGUUGGCGGUUGUGUGCCAGUUUCAACCCAUGUAAAAUUCCAGGUUUUCACCACAAUGAGCAGUUUGCACCUUAAUAAACAGACGUUACUGUGUGAGCUUAAGUUUGUUUCAAUCAGAACAAAAACCAGAAGAAUAAUGACCAGCAGUGUGAAGUGUGACCUCCAGUGUGCUGUUACUGGUGUGUUACUUUAAAUGAGCUCUUAUUCAGGCUUUCAAAAGGGUCAAGUUAAAAACAACAGUAUUUAGAUGGUAUGUAUUUUUCAGUUUGCAGGUAAAGUUUCACGUAAUUCCUCAUCAGACUGCUCACCUGUACGGCAUUGAAUUAUAAUGUUACUCUCAUUUCAUAAAGUCUGAAUAAGCCUCAUGUACAUCUAUUAGAUCUACAUACAACUAAACCAGUGAACAACGGCGCACUUUUUGAACACAUUUUGCCACAGAGAGAGUGGUAAUAAUACUAAAGGAUGUUUUAUUUUCAUGCAGAGCUGGUGUAUCACAAGGUGCUGAUGAGAGGUUUAAAAAGGCCAAAUUCUGUUUACAUUGUUUAACAAACUAGAUGCCCAUAGGUGGAUUUGUUACUGCCAAACAGAGCCAAGCUAGUGAUUCGUAGUCUCGGAAGAGCUUAGCUGGUCUCCUCCUGUCUGUAGCUUUAGAUUUAACAUGAACAUGAGAUAUCAGUCUCCUCAUCUCAAACUGCCUGGGCCUCAGAAGUUCAGCUCACUCCACCACAGCACAGUCUUUCUUUUCUUGUUUAUGUUUGGGCUCGGAGGCAGGUGGCGUCUCCGAAACGGUGGGGGCAGACGCUCGGCGGCGCUCCCUCCACUCCCGUCUUAUGUUCGUAUGACUGCGAUAGAUUUUUGCUUUUGGAUUUCAUGAUACAUGAGAAACGUAUUUAUGUGUCCAGAUUUUAACUAAUUGUUUGUCUGUGUUGUUGUAAUCUUUCUGCUACUGUGGACGGGUGAGCAGGAUUCAGAAUUCUCAAUAAACUUCUAUUUUCUUUUCAUA